AUGGAACCAGAAAAGGGGAAAAGAGCUGCAAAUUUUACAGAGGCAGAAAAGGUCUUUCUUACAGAGCUGGUAGAAAGGAAAAUUGACAUAAUUAAUUCAAAAUUCACAAGUACUAUCACUAAUCAAAAGAAAAAACAGGUAUGGGAGGACAUUGCCCAGCAAUUGAAUUCCAGGGGUGCUGCCCAGAGAACUGCAAACCAGAUUAAGGAAAAGUGGAGGAAGUCGUGUGGGGCAGCAAGGGAGGAGGCAGCCAACGACAAGGCCCAUGCUAGGACGACUGGUGGUGGGCCUCCAGCCAAGGCAAAAGACCCAGUUACUCAGAAAAUUCUGGAAUUGCAUCAGGGGGCACCAAACUUUUUUGGGAUAGAUGGUGGUCUGGAAAUAGGGAUGCCUCUGCCACUAGAGACAAUCAACAACCCUUUUGGAUUAAAUGGUAAUACUAUAUACAAUAUUUUUACACUGGUUUAAACACGAAUGCUCAUGUAAUGACUACUAUAAACGCCCGUGAAUGUGUCGUCUGCUUAUGAGCGGCCAUAUUUAAAUCUUAAAUGUUGAUAUGUUUUCAAUCUUAAUUGUUUUAACACUAGAAACGACGUUUUUCUUAAAUCAUAAAAUGUGAAGCCAUAUGCACAAUGAUGCAUUCUCCAUAAGUUUUACAUGGUAUUUGACCAAAAUAUA